AUGGCAAUUUGCACUGUCAUUUUAAAAGAAUUUCUCGGCUAUUUGCUGGGCACUUUAUGGAAGGAGACGCUGAGGCUUGAGGAAGUAACCAGGCUUGUUGGAAAAGUUCUCAGAGUAAGGGACUAUGUGGCCUCUAAGGACUGCAGGCAGCCUCUAGAAUGAAUGUGGACCUGCAACUACAAAGAGCGAAAGGACCAGUCACGCAACCACAAGGAAAUAACUUCUACCAAAGCUGAAUGACUUUGGAAGCAGAUUCUUCCCAGCCAAUCCUGAUGAUGACGAUGUAGUCUGGCCAGCGUCUUCCCUGGACUCUGACGGACUCUAUGCCUGGGACCCAGCUGAUAUCACGUGGUAGUACAUUUUAUAAAAUUACAUUUUAUAAAGAUUUGCUACACAGUGAUAGAAACCAAUACAAUAGGUAAUCCAAAUCAUCUUUUGCUUGGCAACAUUUCAUCACUAAAUUAUUUAGGCUGGGCGCGGUGGCUCAUGCCUGUAAUCCCAGCACUUUGGGAGGCCGAGGUGGGUGGAUCACGAGGUCAAGAGAUCAAGGCCAUCCUGGUCAACAUGGUGAAACCCCAUCUCUACUAAAAUACAAAAAAUUAGCUGGGCAUGGUGGCACGUGCCUGUAAUCCCAGCUUCUCAGGAGGCUGAGGCAGGAGAAUUGUCUGAACCCAGGAGGCGGAGGUCGCGGUGAAAAUACUACUUUAUGAGCGAUCAGAAUCAGUAAAACAAACAAUGGAAAUGUAAACGUCCUGUGAAGUUUUUUGAAUCCUUAGUGAAAUU